UUUCCCUCUCUUUUUCUCUCUUUUGUCUCUUUGAAUGACAAGAUGCAUUUUAUUGUAGAAGCAUGGCGUCCAAAACCUUUAGAAUCCAAAGCUUUGACAAUCAGUCGUGGUAUAGUCAGUACGAUGAUGGGGAUCGCGUUUUUAUGUUAUUGUGGUUAUCUAAUACAAUUGCUUGUAAAUGACAAACGACUUCUAUUGACUAGUAGCGAACAGAUCCCAGACACAGGUUACGAGUCACCCGAUGUAGAGCUAUGUUCUCAAAGGUCUACGUUUACGAUUGCAAAAUGUACCUUGAUCGAUAUGCAUUGGGUGGCGACAGAUAUACCAGGAUGUACGCCCUAUAUCAUUGAUGGUAAUCAAGAUGAUCCGACCACUCACUGUAAAGUGUUUACAGCUAGACAACAUGGACUUCAAUUUCGGAACAAUGGGAGCGACGAUACAAGUAUUCAACGUGUCGAUAUUUAUUGGAAAAUGGAUAAUAUCACUGCUUUUGAACAAGUCACUUUAGCUGUACCUACCUUGGCUCUCCAAUUUUAUGCUGCUUCGUUCAGUCCAUGGCGUCAAUCCGAUAUUGCUCAUAUUCCACAACAGCAAAAUGCAAUUGAUGAAGCGAAACAAGGAAAAUACCGUGCGACUACCAUACAAAAUUUUACAACCAACAUCUAUUUUACUCCCAACAAGUAUCGCGCUAUUCCACCCGGUGAUGGAAGCUCGUUAUUUGGAUUGACUGGACAAUAUGUGGAUAUUGAGACCAUUGAAACAAAUCAACAUAAUUGGCCUUUGCAUCCAAGUAUAGCUUUGACAAAUGGUGAAUAUCAUGGAUUCUUUACUUUUCAAUUAGCGUCACCGACAAUAGAUGUCAGAAGGGAACAGCGUCAACAUACAAUACUUGCUGCUUUGGGAAUGGCCGGUGGUGCCUAUGGCAUCAUGGUCACCUUAUUUAUCGCUAUAUUUGGAACACCAAGGAUAUCUGCUUUUGGAUUGAUUCAUCGUGUGGACCAUUGGUGUGGGAAAAGUCAAUGGACAAAUGAAAAAGAAAAACACGAUAUUGACAGCAGUGACAAUGAUCAUAAAGAUAUUACCAGCAAAUUAGCCAUCGACGAACGACAACGCCCACAUUCUAAUCACUCUUCUGUAGAACUUCUUGCUAUAUCACAACGAAAUAAUACACACGCAUCUUCAUUACCACUUACAACAACAACAUUGACUUUGGAAGAACGGAUGGAUUAUUUGGAAGGCAUGCUUCGUGAAUACUUUGUCAAUGUGGAUUAUCUAGAUGGACUACGGCAUCGGCAUAUGGUAGUGAAACAACAAUCCCCUUAGUUAGACAUUAAUGAUUCCCUCAUCGUAUAUUCCUUUAUUAUAUCAUGUAUUCUUGAAUAAACAGUACCC